UCGCUCCGCGUCGCGUCGCGCCGCCUGCCGGGUUGACGUGGCUGGGUCCGGGCGGGGAGAUGGCGGACGACAGCAGGCAGAACAAGCUGGCGGCGGCCAAGAAGAAGCUGAAAGAAUAUCAGCAGAAAAACAGCCCUGUGUCCACAGCGGGGGCCAAAAAGAAACGGAGAGGCAAAGAAGCAAGCCGCCCAGAGACGCCUGUUAGUGAUGGAGUACAGUCUCCUGAAAACAUUGAGAACCUUCUGAAGGUGCUGGUGUCCGACUUUAACGGCUCCAAUGGGGUAGCCAUACCUUCCUUGGACAAGUGGAAGGCCCAUAACGAUGGCGACUUAGCUGCUGGCGUCUCCUUGCUGUCUAACAGCAAAGACAUGUCCGCUUGUGUUGCUCCAAACCUCGAGCAGCUGUCACAGAUUGGUGACACUGAUCAUAACACUGUGUUGGAUGAAAAUAGGUCCCUCUCAACGACGGAGAGUCUCCGCAAACUCUCUGAGCAGUUGAAUGGCAUGGUCAGCCAGACUACGACUUACAUCAACGGAGAAAACAUCUUGCCGCCUGCAGACAUGAAAGAGAUGGCGGCUCGUUACCAGGAGCUGGCAAUAGCUUUUGACUCCAGCAAUUUAACAAACAAACAACUCAGUGCAGAGAUAGAGGAAUUGAAACAGCAGAACCAAGACGUUGUGAACGAGUUGGAGAAGGAGAAGAGGAGCUUUGAGCAGAAGUUUGCGAAGGAGCAAGCCACCCUACGAGAACAAUUACAGGUCCACAUCCAGACCAUUGGCAUCCUGGUCUCUGAGAAGUCCGAACUGCAGACAGCCCUCAGCCACACACAGCAGGCCGCCCGACAGAAAGCAGGGGAAGCUGAGGACCUGGCCGCCCGGCUGCAGUCAUCCCGCCAGAGGAUCUCAGAAGUAGAAUACACCCUCUCCUCCCUCUCCCUUCAGCAGAAGCAGACCGAGAAACACAACAAAGAGCUAGCAAAGGAACGAGAUAACCUCAAACUGGAAAUGUAUAAGCAGGGUAAAAUCAACGAAGAACUCAAACAGCAGACUUCGGAAUUGUCCGAGAAACUGCGCAACCUGAUCUCUGAAAAUUCAGCCAUGAAACUGGAUGUAGAAGAUUUGCACAAGAAACUGGAAAUGGCAGAACUGGUGAUUCAGCAGUUUUCAAGCCAGCCAGGGAUCUCAGAUGCUACUGCUCAGCAGUUGCAGGCCGCACUGGAGGAAAGAGCCAACUUAGAAAGCCAAAUAGCCCAGCUGUCAGAAUCCUUGCAGAAACUGCAGGCCGAACGAGAUCAAUACGUCCUGCGUCUGAAGGAGGAAGGGAACAUCUGGCAGCAGCGGGUUGAGCUCCUCUCCGAGCAGGUCCGGACUCUGAUGGGAGAGAAAGAAGUCAGUGAGACUCGGAUUGGGGAGUUGGAGACGAACCUCUCGGAGCUGCUCAGCAGUCAGUCAGCGGUGAAAGCCCAGGAAACUCCGCCUGCUCCUGCCACCCCGGGGCCCUCGCCAACGGAAGCGCGCCUUCAAGAGGAGUUGGCUCAACUGGAGAAGGAGAAGGAGGAGCUGCUCGACCGAUGGCAGACCCAGGUGCGAGACAAUGGGCAGCUUAGCCAGCUCAACCAGGAGCAGGAGGAGCGGCUCCAAGAGCUGGAGAAGGCCCUACAGCGCUACAGCGAGGAGGCCGUGGACAAGCAGCAGAUCCUGGAGAACAUGCAGAGCGACAAAGCUACCAUCAGCCGGGCCUUGACGCAGAACCGGGAGCUGAAGGAGCAGCUGGCGGAGCUGCAGAACGGAUUCGUCAAACUGACCAACGAGAACAUGGAGAUCACAAGCGCCUUGCAGUCUGAACAGCACGUGAAGAAGCAGCUGGCCAAGAAAUUGGGCGAACUCCAGGAGAAGCUGGUGGACUUUAAGGAGAAGAUGGAUCAGAAGACCCACGAAGCUCAGGACUUCCAGGACCAGAGGGAUCAGUAUUUGGCCCACCUCCAGCAGUACAUCGCAGCCUAUCAGCUACUCACCGUUGAGAAGGAGGAGCUGCACAAGAAGUACCUCCUGCAGACCCAGCUCAUGGACCGACUGCAGCACGAGGAAGUUCAAGGCAAGGUGAAUGCCGAGAUGCACUUCAAAGAGCUUCAGAAAGCUAAGAAAACCCUGGAAUCCUUUUCUAAGGAGAACAAGGAGCUUCAAGCCCAGGUCACCCAACUCAUGGCUGAACUGGACGAAAGGAUGCUGCCCAGGGCCCAAGGGGAUGGCGUGGAAGCAGCCGAGUUCGUGGACUCGAGGACUUCUCAGCUCAGCAUUCCGGAGGAUUUUGAGAGUAAAGAGGAAAUGGUGGCUUUCUUGACCUCCGCCGUGUCCCAAGCGGAGGGCGAGCGCGAAGAGAUCAGACACCAGCUGAUGGAAAAGAAAAGGCAGUGCAGAGAGCUGCUGCAGCAGAUAGCUAGCCUCAAGAAGGAGCAUCAGCUGCAGCUCACAUCCACAGGAGGCUCCGAUGCUGAUUCGGUUCCAGGAGAGGUUCACGAAGCCUUAAAAACCGCCAUGGAGAAGCUGCAGCUCCGAUUCACGGACCUGAUGCGUGAGAAGGCAGAGCUGAAAGAGCGCGUGGAAGAACUGGAGCACCACUGUAUCCAGCUGUCCGGAGAAACAGACACCAUAGGUGAAUACAUUGCCCUGUACCAGAGUCAGCGAGCGAUUCUCAAACAGCGCCACCGGGAAAAAGAAGACUACAUCAACCGCCUGGCUCAAGACAAGGAGGACAUGAAGAUGAAGUUACAGGAGCUGCACGAACUGGUGAUGCGCUUGGUGGGCGAGCGGAACGAUUGGUACACCAAGUACAUGAUAGCCACACAGGCUGGGGAGCUCCAGCCCGGGCACAAGAGGGAGGCCAGCGCUCAGGCAGAUGGCGUCUUCGAACCCAACGCUCCCAGGGUGGCAGACCUGCGAGAAGUGAGCCUGGCGGACGAGGCCGAACUGGACGCCGUCCCUUCACAACCCCACCCAUCCCAUGGCGACCCCCAGGGCCCCCAGCCCGCUCCUCGGGACCCCACGGCCCAGCAGAUCCUGCGGCUCCUCCGCGAAAUCCAAAACCCGCAGAAUCGGGCGGGGCCCCUCUCGGAAAGCCCGUGCAUCCCCUUUUUCUAUCGGGUGGACGAAAACGACGAAGUGAAACUCCUGGUGGUUUAACCGGGAAGGGACGUCAAGGGCUCCAGGGGAGUCGGGUGGGGUGGCCGGACACGUCUUGGGUGGGCCGCGCUUUUUGCGCUGGCUGCGAUUCACGCCAUCAUCCAGUAAAGCUCAGAGUUUUACGCCACCCAACCGCCUAUUGGUUCCUCCCGUUCACGGCCUGCGAAGUUUAAUUCUCUCUACCAACGGUUGCGUAGCCUCUUCCCCCCCCCCACCUUCGGUUAUUUCGUCUUUCUUUAGAUCCGAUUUUACGCCCUUCUUCUGAAAUCGUCCUCUCCCUUUUAACUCGCACGAUCCACUUAUCCGCCCCCUGUCCUUGCCCUUCCCAAGAGUUAUCCGGCUGCCUUUCUAGCGAAACACCGUCUCUUCCCCCUUGUCCCAAAUCCCCUUGUUCAGUUACCACAUUUGGAGGGUCUCCAGGUCUGCUUGGAGCCGGACGGUUUUUGCGGGGAGGGGAAUAAAAGCUGCGGGUUGUUUUUGUGUUUUUUUUUUAAACUGGACGUACGUUUGCAUUAAGAGGUGGAGGGUUUUAUUUAUUCUUCAAAGAUGCAGUAGGCGAGCUCAGAAAAAGGAAUAGACUUAUUUCAACCGUCUAGAUACUUUUAAAUAUAUUUUGAUGGUUGUCGGUUUCUCUCUUCUCCAUGUGGAGCUAGACGAAGAAUUCACUUUAUUGUGAGAGUGUGAAGCAGUGAAGCGGUUUGGUUGAAGUUGGUGGUGACUUGGCGCGCGUGGCGCAAGAUCCCGUUUUAGAAGGACAACGGCACGUGUGUAACCAAAAAGAAAGAAAGGAUUAGGCGGCGACCCAGCGGUCUCGAUUUUAGCGUGGGUUUCUGCUCCCGGGAAAGAGGCACCAGUGAAGUUGCGUUUUGCACAAGUUUUCCUCCUGGGACAGCUUGCUAGGAAAGAGUUUUUUAGGAAAGGAGUUUGAAAACCAUAAGAAAUUUCCACUCCAAUUUUCUAGCAAAACCGCACGUAGACUACCCACCCUCUUUCCAGGUUGUAAGGCAGAAGGAACUGGACCAC